AUGGAUAGAGCUAAAAAAUAUCUUCCGCAGCCUUUAUACCCCGGAUCAAUGCAAACUGCUUCUCAGAAUGUAUGUCCCGGAUCAAAUACUGGUAUGCAUACCGCGCAACCUACAUACCCCGUAUCAAUGCAAAAUACUUUCCAACCUGUAUAUUCCACACCAAUGCUAAAUCUUCCACAGUUUAUACACCCUGGAUCAGCUAAUAAAAUUCUGGUAACUAUUCCUCCACCGACAUACACGAAUACCAGUGCCACAUAUAUUAAUUCCGAGCCGGGAACAUCCUCGUCUAAUUUUGUUAAUCCACGAAAUAUUGUGAUCAACACGAAGAAACUCUCUGCAAAAAAACUGUUGAUUGAAGAGAAUUUCAAUGAAUUCAAUACGAGCAAUGACUAUUAUGAACGAUUUGGACAAGAUCUGCAGGCUUCUGAAUCCGAGAUUUCCCAAGACUCUGAUGAUUCUGAUGAUAUACUUAUUAACUUAAUAUACUAA